AAGCGUGGGCGUGUCCGCGGCGGGAGGGGCGGGGCCUGGCGGCGGCGGAGAGCGCGGAGCGGCACCGGCCGGGCCCGAGAGUCCCUAAGGAUGAAUGGCUCCGAGCUCGCCAGCACCACGGCGUCCAACCCCAAAUCCAAGGAGGAUCCGGUUGGGAAUGGGCACGAGGAGAAGGAGAACAAUCCCUUUGCUGAGUACAUGUGGAUGGAGAACGAGGAGGACUUCAACCGGCAGGUGGAGGAGGAGCUGCAGGAGCAGGAAUUCCUGGAUCGCUGCUUCCAGGAGAUGCUGGAGGAGGAGGACCAGGAUUGGUUCAUCCCGGCGCGGGAUCUUCCCCAGGGAAUGGGGCAGCUCCAGCAGCAGCUCCACGGCCUCUCCGUGGGCGACGGACACGGAUCCGAGGACAUCCUGAGCAAAAGCAACUUGAAUCCAGAUGCCAAGGAAUUCGUUCCCGGAGUGAAGUACUGACCUCGGAAAUUCGGGAAUGGCCUGGCCAGAGACUGAAUCCCUGCUCCAGGGAAAAGUUGGGACACGGGAAGAGCCCGGAGUGGCUCCAGCACCGGGAUCUGCUCCAGCUCCAAGUACUUCUGGUUUUCCCUAUUUUUUUUUUUCUUUUCCUGGCUUUUCCUCACUUUUUCUUGGCAGUUUUUGGCUUCCGGGGAUUUGCGGUGACGCCGCCAGCAGGAAAAUCUUGGGAAAAAUCAUGGAAAAGUCGUGGGAAAAUCACUGCAAAAUAAUGGGAAAAUCUUGGGAAAAAUAAUGGGAAAAUCAUGGGAAAAUCACUGCAAAAUCAUGGAAAAAUCUUGGAGGAAAUAAUGGAAAGAUCACAGGAAAAUCGUGGAAAAAUCUUGGGGAAAAGAAUGGAAAAAAUAAUGGGAAAACCACGAGAAAAGCAUGGAAAAAUCAUGGGGAAUCAAUCCUGGGAAAAUCAGGUUUUCCUGCUUGUAGGGUUGGGAGCUGCACUGGAUUUUCCCUGAUCUUUUGGGAUGUGAUUUUCCCUGAUUUUCUGGAGCGGAAUUUUCCCUGGUUUUUCUGGAAUGGGAUUUUCCCCUGCUGGAAGUGAAGGGUUCCAAGGUGCAAUCCUGAAAUCCCUCCCUAUGGAAGCUGAGCAGGGGGAUCCUGCCAAUUCCAGAGGUUUUUAGGGAAACCUGGAUUUCCCCAAAUUCCUCUUCCCCUUAAGGAAUUCCUCAGCUCAUCCAACACUACAGCCCUCAUUCCUCACGGGUGAAAAUCCAAGGAAAACUGAAUUCCCGGGAAAAGAGAGGUAUCCUCUGUUGGCAUGAGGGGUGUUUUGGGAUGUGGUGGGAAUAUCCUGGUGCUGAUCCCUUUUCCAAGGAUCCUGGAGUGGGAUCCGUGUCUCCAUCAGAAUUUGAUCCUGGGAAUUUCCUUUCCAAUCCAUGGGAGCUGCAAGUCCCUGAAUCCCAGCCACUCCCAGGGUCCUAAAAGGGUCAGAAAUCCAAGGAAAUCAGGAGCUCCUUGGGGCUGGGAAUCCCUGUCCAGGGAAAUCAGGAACUCCGUGGGAUUGGGAACCUCUAUCCAAAGAAACCAGGAAAUUUUUGGGAUUGGAAAUCCCUGUCCAAGGAGAGCAGGAGCUUCCCAAGGUCAGAAACCCUAUCCAGGGAAAUCAGGAAUGUUUUGGGAUUGGGAAUCCCUAUCCAAGGAAAUCAGGAGCUCCUCGGGGUCAGAAAUCCCUGUCCAGGGAAAUCUGGAACUCUUUGGGAUUGGAAAUUCCUGUCUAAGGAAAUCAGGAACUUCCCAAGGUCAGAAAUCAGGAACUUCCUGAAAUUGGGAAUCCCUAUCCAGAGAAAGUGGGAGCUCUUUGGGAUUGGGAAUGCCUAUCCAGAGAAAUGGGGAAUGUUUUGGGAUUGGAAAUCCCUACAGAGGAAAACUAGGAGCUCCUUGGGGUUGGGAAUCCUCAUCCAAGGAAAUCAGGAACUUCCUGGAAUUGGAAAUCCCUGUCCAAGGAGAGCAGGAGCUUCCCAAGGUCAGAAAUUCCUGUCCAGGGAAAUCAGGAACUUUUUGGGAUUGGGAUUCCUUGUCCAGGGAAAUCAGGAACUUUUUGGGAUAGGAAAUUCCUGUCCAAGGAGAGCAGGAGCUUCCCAAGGUCAGAAAUCCCUAUCCAGAGAAAUCAGGAACUCUUUGGGAUUGGGAAUCCCAGUCCAGGGAAAGUGGGAGCUUCCCGAGAAGAAAGAAAUCCCUAUCCAAGGAAGUCAGGAUAUUUUUGGGAUUGGGAAUGCCUAUCCAGAGAAAUGGGGAAUGUUUUGGGAUUGGAAAUCCCUACAGAGGAUAAAGAGGAGCUCCUUGAGGUCAGGAAUCCUCAUCCAAGGAAAUGAGAGGCUUUUUGGGAUUGGGAAUCCCUAUCCGAGGAAAUCAGGAGCUCCUCGGGGCCAGAAAUCCCUGUCCAGGGAAAUCAGGAACUUUUUGGGAUUGGGAAUGUCUGCCUGGAGAAAGUAGGAGCUCUUUGGGAUUGGGAACCCCUAUCCAAGGAAAUCAGGAAUUUUUUGGGAUUGGGAAUCCCUAUCCAGGGAAAGCAGGAGCCUCCCAUGGUUACAAACCCCCAUCCCUGGAAAAUGGGACCUUCUCGGGGUCCCAGAGGAGCCAGGAGCAUUCCAGGCUCCAGAACCCUUUUCCAGGGAAUGUGGGAGCUGCUGGGCUGGGGAAGCCUGGGAAAACAGCCUCACCAGCCCCAUUCCUGCUGCUCAUCCCUGAAAAUCCCCAUCCCCUGAGCGAAGCACUCGAUGGAUCAGCGGGAUCGGGGCCGCCGGAGCGUGAACAGGGCUGAGCUCAUGGAAUUCCCGGCGCUUCCCGCUUUUCCCAGCCCCUCUGGAAGCAGCGGCCCCAUGGAAACCCCGCCCCACAAACCCCACCUGGGGCCGGUUUUGGCUGGGCAGGACGGGAUCCAUCCUCUGGAGCCAUCCCACCUUUUCCCCUCCUCUUUUUCCCGGUUUUCCUUGGAUUUCUCCCCCAGUUCCCUCCUUUCCCCACCCCCCCCAACGCUGUAAAUUUUGAACGAGGUGUUAUCCCAAAUAAACUUUUUUUGGAAGGGA